GUCAAAUGUAAAGUUCAGUUUAUUUAUUUACAAUUUACAUACAGUUGAUAUACCCGGAAUUUUAUAUAAGCUUGUUUUCUAAAUGAAAUAUUUACAUUAAUAAAGUAUGGCAUAUGGGAUACUUAGAUUUUCAACACUGAUAUUAUUUGUUAAUAUUUUAAUUUUUACCAAGUCUGAUUCUGAAACCGAAACAUGUUCUAGUGAAACUUCAUGUUUAGAAGAUAGAAAUAGAUACUCAAAAGAAAUAAAUGAAUGGACUUCAAAAAUUAGUAAGCUAAUUGAAUUAGCUGAAGCAAACUUUGCUCCUUGCAUUGCUGCUAACUGUUCCUGCCAUGCUAGUGUAAUAGAUAAUGAUUUGGAGAAGUUUAAAAGUGGUAUUACAAAAGACAUGGUAGAUAAUGCUUUUUUGAAGGGCACUAAAUAUCAGAUAAUAGAAGGUAAAUUAUAUCGUCAAAAAGAAUGUCAUUUCCCUGCAAGGUGUACUGGAAUAGAACAUUAUUUGAAGGCUUUAGCUCCAAAAUUACCAAAUAUAGAAUUAUCAGUGAACACAAGGGAUUGGCCACAAGUUAAUCAUUUGUGGGGUCAUAAAAUGAUACCAGUGUUUUCAUUUAGUAAGACAAAAGAUUACGAUGAUAUAAUGUACCCUGCUUGGAGUUUUUGGGAUGGAGGUCCAGCAAUAUCACUGUAUCCAACAGGCAUUGGUCGAUGGGACCAGCAUAGAUUGAAAAUAACUGCUGCAGCAGAUAAAGUCCCAUGGGAUAAGAAAAAAGGACAAGCUUUCUUUAGGGGUUCAAGAACUAGUGAAGAAAGAGAUGCAUUAAUAUUGUUAUCAAGAGCAAAUCCUGAUCUUGUUGAUGCAAAGUAUACAAAAAAUCAAGCUUGGAAAUCUGAUGCUGAUACUUUGUAUGCAGAACCAGCUAAAGAAGUAUCUUUUGAAGAUCACUGCAAAUAUAAAUACCUUUUCAACUACAGAGGUGUGGCCGCUAGUUUUAGGUUCAAGCAUCUGUUUCUGUGCAAGUCUUUAGUUUUUCAUGUGGGAGAGGAUUGGUUGGAAUUCUUCUAUCCAUCACUGAAGCCUUGGAUACAUUAUAUACCAAUAAGUCCAAAGGCAACAAAAGAAGAAAUUGUCAAGUACAUUAACUACUUCAAAGACAAUGAUGCAUUGGCAAAACAGAUUGCUGAGAGAGGUUAUCAACAUAUUUGGGAUAAUUUGAGAGAUAAAGAUGUUAAAUGUUACUGGAAAAAGUUGUUAAAAAAGUAUGAAAAACUACUAAAGUACAAAGUUAUAAAAAGUGAUGAUCUUAUACAACUAUGAAUCUUUGUUGUGAAUAUUUCACAAAGAAAACAAAAUGUGUGAAUCUCAUUGUUUAUUACAUAUUUGAUAUUACAUCGAGAAUAAGAAUAUUUUUAUACAUUUAAAGCUUGCCUAAUGAUAAAUCUAAAUGGGACUGCAACUAAACUAACAAAUAUUGUACUACUACGAGAUGCUUUAUUUUAUUAAAUUGAUGAUUUUUCAUAGAUGAGAU